AUGAUGUUUAUGCUCACUGGAGAUCCAGGUCGUCGGCCUUACACCGAUUUUGGCAAACAAUUGCCUGAGAUCUUCAAACAGGCUGCGGCGUCCAUCAGAAAGAGCGCGGAUGGGUUACUAGAUCUGCGAGUCUACUACUUCGAAAGGCGUUUGAGCGGGGCUAUAAGAUCGAGAGAUAGGUUUCGUUCCGCACUGGCGGGUGAUGCAUUGAAUCGAGCUCAAUGCUCAACUCACGGUCAACAAGUUCAAAAGAUUGUGAAGGGUACUGCAGAUCGUCAAUUCAGGAUCUCUCAUGCCAGGCUCAAAAUCAAUAGCUCAGAAAUGGUCAAAAGAACAGAGUCCCAUCAUGAGGAUUUCUCGUCGGUAAUUGUUGCUGAGCAGCGUUCCAAAAGUGCUAGCAUGCUGCUGGCCUACCUGUUCGCCAAGUACGGCACCUGGCUGCAGGGAACCGUCGUGGGCAAGGGAUUGCGGAAGCAACAGCUUCAAUGGGUCAUGCGAGCUGCGAUGGCGCAAUAUCACUCAAAAUUUCGCACGGAAGAUAACGCAAACGUCGUGCUUUUCAUGCCGCCGUGGGAAGGAAACCCAGCCGCCAUUUCGAGUGCCUUUGACAUGAGCACAGAAGCCUUUCACAGAUCUCCCAGGCACAUCACAGUCAGGCUGCACACGCACGAUCGAUUUGCUUGA